AUGCAUUGCUGCCUUAUUCAGAGGCAACCUCGGAACACCGAAGGGUCCGGUCGCAGCCCCCGGGAGAACCGGCAGCCAGCCGCGCCACCAACCCCCUCGCGCCGGCGCCCCGCUCUCCUCGGGGCUCGCCAACGGCACCCUAACCGCCGCCCUCUGCGCGCACUUUCGAGCCCCUCAGCCCGGUCGCGGGGCCAACUGACCUCCCUUCCCCGGAGACCGGCAGCCGGCGAGGAAACCAACUCCUGCCGGCCUUCCCCUCCGCGCCCCGCUCCUUACCGUCUUGGCGGCCUCCGCCCAGUAUCAUCUAGACUGUCACAGCCAUCCUCUCCCCAGUCAGGCUGCCCAUCACCUACCAUUCCAGCAAGUAAAGUCAUUUCUCCAUCACAGAAGCACAGCAAAAAGGCAUUGAAGCAGGCCCUGAAGCAACAACAGCAGCAGCAGCAGCAGCAGCAGCAGCAGCAGCAGCAGCAAUGCAGGCCAAGCAUGUCCAUCUCCAAUCAACAGCUCUCUAUCAAGACUGUCAAAGCAGCUGGGGACCCUCUCCCUGCCAAACCUGACUUCCAAGCAACAAAACAGAUCUCUAAAACAGAUCCGGAAACUCAGAGUUUCAUGGUUGGAAGAAACAGAGAUGAACGUCAGUGUAGCUGAUCUGACACGUAUUUCAGGACUUCCUACCGACUGGACCCAGGAAUAUGUAUUCUGGUCAAUAGAAAAGAGUCUUCGACAGAUCUUCCAACAUCUGGAUAAUGUAAGACAGAAAUUGAGAAAGCGAUAGAAGAUAGAAUAUUUUCACAGAAGAGAAUUUCGCUGCAGCAUCGGACAUCCUUCCAGGCCACUUUCCUUUUCUCUCGAGGAUAAAACCCCUGCCUCUCAAUAUAUAUAAAAAAUAUAUAUUUUCCAUAACACCGGCAUGCCUAUCCACUGGCAGGGCUGAACUCAGCACUUUCGCCAAAAACUCUGUAAUAAAACUACUAUUUUCCUUUA